CUUUUGACGCGCUGUCUUGGCGAUGCGGCUUUGAGGUUUACGCUGUUCGCGGCGUCAAUUGAGCGCGUCGCAGCUUGUGAGAGCUUUUUAAAACCUGAGGCUCUUACGCUUGCGCAGCAAUGAUGCCACGCGCUGGUUGUGAUCUGAUGUGGGUCAGAGACAGACUUGGCCCCCUUUUUGCACGCGUGACAGCUGUACGGCUGUCGGGCGCGUUUUUUGCUUCCAGGCUAGUGUGUUACUGGACGCUAGCUGUGGCCUCCGAGAUUCUUGGGCGUUGCGGUGCCUCCGACAGCGUAAAUAGGCAUUGAUCAUGCGGUCACAAUCGCUACGGUACGGUGCCACGCUGUGCUGUGGUUUGCGCCGGUCACCACUGCGCCAGAGCGCAGCACACACUAGAUCCUCCAGUACCAGAGUCACAGUGACGGCGCCGAACCGCAGCAAACCCCUGGCGCUGCGAGGCGAGCGACCAACGAAAUACGCCGACGUCACCGUAAGGCGCAGCGUGCUCUCGGCGUCCGGCGGCACGGCACUGUCCGUGACGGGCCCCGCGGCCCGCGCCUGCGAGGCGCUGGACCGCGAAUCCGCCGGCGAGCCGCUCGUGCUGGUGGUCGCGGCCAACCAGACGGCGCUGCGGCAGGCGCUGGGCUCCAAGGCGCUCACCUACUCGAAUGUGAUUGGCGCCGUAGACAGCCUGGCCUUCGCCGAGAGCGACCAGCUGCACGUCGUCGCUUGCAAAUUGCCGCCGCACGUCGAGGCCUGGACCUUCGACGCCAAACGCGGGGCCCUGCCGGACCUCGGCCGGCGGCGGCUCGAGGCCGCGCUCGCGAAGCACACGGCGCCGCACUUCCUCGUCUUCGGCGGCGACGCGGCUCAUGAGGAAGACGACUUCGACGACGACGACGGCGACGACGACGCCGCCGCGCUCGAGCGCUUCGCGCGGCGCGUCGACGGCCUCUUCCCGCACGGGACUUGUGCUGGCGCGGCUGCUCGUGUGAAUGGGGCGGUCUUGGCGCGUAUUUCCGUGUCGUUACACGUCGCGGGUCGCGUCGAUCACGCGUCGAUGCACACAGGCGCGGCUGGUCCACGCGCGGCGGCGGCCCGGCCCGCGCAAGCGCGCCAAGCGCCUCAAGGUCUUCGCCGCCCACAAGUCGGACCGGCCUCUGGUGGGCGUCGCGUUGCUCCCGCGGGAGGCGGGCGCCGACGCGGCCGCCGCCGCGCAGAAGCUCGGCGAGCUGUGCUUCGGCGGGUCGCUGCGCUUCCACUGGGCCGCCGGCGACGGGACGUCCGGUCUACGGGCGCAGCGAUUGAGAAGCGCGGCGAUGGCGCUCUACGACUCGUGGGACCGGCUCGACGCGUCGUCGCUGCGCUCGUUGCGGGCGUGCGUGCACCCCGGCGGCCGGCCCGUCGUCGGCGCCGACGCCGCCAUGCGCUCGUGGGACGACCUCUUCGGCGGCGCGAUUCGGAGGCGGGCGCCCAUGAGUGCGGCGAGGGGCCCCGCGCGGCUCGGUCUCCGCGCAGAGGAACUGCACGUGGACGACUCGCUCGGGCUCGCGGUCGGGUCGCUGUCGGCGCCGCGGCUCUUAGGACCGGGCGGCGCGCUCUCAUCGACAGCUGUAUUCGUCGAGGGCGCGACGGGCGCGUUCGAGGUCGCGCACCACCACGCGUCGCUGGCAGAUAUUGAUGACGCUAGCCUAUAAGUAGAUUCGAACACACUAAAC